AUCGAGUUUGGAUUAAAUUGCACUGGCUACGGCCGCGAUCUUUGUCGGCCAUUGCCAGAUCUUGCGAGUGACCUCAUGAAGCUCAAGCGGUUCCUCCUGCGCUACUACCCGCCGGGGAUCAUCCUCGAGUACGAGCUGCGCGAUGCGACCCGCGAGAUGAAGGAGAUCGACCUCUUGCAUCUGACGGCCGAGUCCGACAUUGAGGUGCUCGUCAACCAGAUCGUAUUUGAAGAGCCGCUCAUCUCCGAGUCGCGCAAGCCGCAGCUCCGACGACUCAUCUACAAGCUCAUUGAGAAGCUCGAAGUGAACGACAAUAGCGACUUUUACCUCUUCAAGAUCCUCCGUGCACACAUCUUGCCGCUGACCAACUGCGCCUUCAACAAGUCGGGCGACAAGUUCAUCACGGGCAGCUACGACCGCACGUGUAAAGUCUGGGACACCCAGAGCGGCGACGAGCUCUUGACGCUUGAGGGGCACAAGAACGUUGUGUACGCCAUCGCGUUCAACAACCCAUAUGGCGACAAGAUCAUCACAGGGUCCUUUGACAAGACGUGCAAGCUCUGGAAUGCCGACACGGGACAGCUCUACCACACGUACCGUGGCCACUCGACCGAGAUUGUCUGCCUAUCCUUCAACCCGCAAGGCACGGUCAUCGCGACCGGGUCGAUGGACAAUACAGCCAAGCUCUGGGACGUCGAGAGCGGCCAGGAGUUGCACACACUUUUGGGACACACGGCUGAAAUCGUGAGUCUCAACUUUGACGCCCAAGGCGAAAAGAUCAUCACCGGGUCGUUCGACCACACGGUCAAGGUCUGGGACGUGCGUAGCGGACGCUGCAUCCACACGCUCGCGGGCCACCACGGCGAGAUCUCGAGCACGCAGUUCAGCUACACGGGCGAGCUCUGCAUUAGCGGGUCCAUCGACCGCACCUGCAAAAUCUGGGACGUUGCCAGCGGUCAGAACGUGCAGACGCUGCGCGGCCAUAACGACGAAAUCCUCGACGUGUCCUUCAACUCGACCGGCUCCAAGCUCGUGACAGCGUCGGCCGAUGGCACAUCGCGCAUCUACAACACGAUGACGGGCGCGUGCCAAGCCAUCUUGAUUGGCCACGAAGCAGAGAUCUCGAAGGUUACGUUCAACCCGCAAGGCUCCAAGGUUUUGACGGCGAGCUCGGACAAAGUCGCGCGCCUCUGGGAAGUCGAGACGGGCGACUGCCUCCAAAUGCUCGAAGGCCACACCGAUGAGAUCUUUAGUUGCGCCUUCAACUAUGAAGGCGACACGAUCAUCACGGGUUCCAAGGACAACACGUGCCGCAUCUGGAAGUGCUAAGGCGACGAGGAUAUGAUGAUAAUGACUACGCGAAGACGCCUUGCCUCUCUUU